AUGAACUUAGAUUCCUUGUUUCAGCAAAUCCUCCUGACAGAACAAAAAGCAGAGGAAAAGCGACACCUCAUACACCAAGUUAAAGAGGAAAUAACCAUAGGUAAUGAAAAAGCUAAACAACUAACGGAACAACUGGAUGAAGAAAAAAGAAAGUUGGAAGUUGAGGUUCAGUUCCUAUCUGAAAAGCUCUUUGACUUGGAGCUUUUGAAGAAAAGAGAAGAGAGCUUAGAAAAACAAAAGGCUGAGCUUCUUAACAGGAAGGCUAUUCUGCUUGAAACCUUUAUGGAUACAAAGAGAAAAAUUGCUACAGAGGAUGAGAAAUUUUUGAAGGAAAUUACAGACUUCAACAAUGAAUAUGGGUUAACAGCGAAAAGGGAGUUUUUAAUUAAAAAACGAGUCAAAGCUGAAAUAUGUGAAUUAGAAGAAAAAGAAAAUGUUUUGAGAAAUGAAAUUGAGUCAAUGGAACAUGAAAAUGUUCAAUUAAAAAUGUUUCAGCUGAAGAAGAAUGAAUUAAAGAAGGAUUUAUUUACUCUCCAGAGGAAACUCAAAGUUCUUGAAGAUGAAAUAAGAGAAGCUAAAUGCAUCACAAAGUGUUUAGAAACAGAAAAAAUAAAAAUUUCUGAAAAACCUCAGACUGAUCCAGAAUGUGUAAGGCUUAAAAAGAAAUUGGAGAGUUACAGAGAAGAAGAAAUGGAAAAUGCCUGUGAAGCUCUUCAAACGGAAAUUGAAUUUCUGCAGAUGAAAUUAUUACAAAAAAAUCUCCAGUCAAAUAAAUAA